AUGCCUCAUCGUCCUACGAAAGAAGAGCUGUUGGCGGCUGCGAAUGGAUUUUGGGAGAGGUUCAAGGUCAGGUUCAAAUGGAUUUCCAUUAGAAGUAUGCGGCCUUGGAAUAUUGAUGAAUGGGGUGCUUUUGUAUCUUGGUUUAUGCUGGGCCAUAUUGUCUGGAUCCUGGUGGGCACCACGACUUUCUUCUCCAUCCUCAUCUUCUCGAUCAACACUGUUUUUGCCCAGGAAACGCUCGCGCAGUGGGUUGGAGAUUAUCUAACUCAAUCGGCUGGUGUCACGGUUGUCUUCGAAUCAGCCAUAGUGCCCAAGUGGAAAAAUGGCGUUAUCGCAUUUCGCAAUGUGUUUAUUUCAAGGAGACCUGGGCAGAUCGAAUCAUCUGUCAGCAAAGGCUCAUCUGAUGCUGCUGCUGUUGCUGCUGCAGGGCGCCAGGUUCAGCAUAACGGCACCGUUACCGAAGACGAUGGCAACUAUACACAAUACGAUGUAACGAUUGCAAAUGUUAAUGUCACGCUUUCAUUCCUCAACUGGUGGAAUGGCAAGGGGCUUCUCAAGGAUGUGGAAGUAAAUGGCGUUAGAGGAAUUGUCGACCGCACUUCUGUCCGUUGGCCGUUACAGCAGAUUGACCCAUUUUCUUACCGCCACACACACCAACCAGGCGAUUUCGAGAUUGAGUCUUUCAAACUGGAAGAUCUACUACUUACUAUUCGCCAACCCGACGGCUUCCGUCCCUUCUCCGUUAGUAUAUACUCUUGCGAACUCCCCCGGUUGAGAAAACAGUGGCUCUUUUAUGAUUUCCUAUCCGCCAGCCAUAUGUCUGGGUCAUUUGACGGCUCUCUCUUCACGAUUCAUCCGCGACAGGUUCACGGUACGGUCUCAAGUCGAUACCAGGGAGUCAUGAUGGGGCUAGAAGAAUCCAAGUCGUGGAAAAAAUUCAAUCGGCUACGCAUUGAUGGCUUGAAGAUUGACCACUUGAACCGUGGAGUGGAAGGGCCAUUUGGCUGGAUAUAUGAAGGCAAUGUUGACAUCGUUGCUGAUGUCAUGUUUCCAGAGGAUAUGGACGACAGCAUUACCAAAGUCGUAACAGAUUUCUAUGAUCAGUUGGAAGGCACAGUUAUUGCCAAUCAGAGCGAGCGCGCAACGAGCGAGAAGAAAGCCCAGAAGCAAGCAAACGAAUCUGAGGAGGAGAGACGCCUUGUUAUCAUGGACUUGCGUAUUCACCUCAAUGACGUCAAGGCUGCCGUACCAUUAUUCACCACCGACUUAUCCUAUGUCAACCAGGCGCUUGUUCGCCCCAUUGUGGCCUAUAUCAAUGCUAAGAAGACGUAUAUCCCCAUCUCUAGCCGCAUCAUCAAGCCUCUAGGCGAUUUUGACGGAAGUUGGACAGUCUUUGACUGCGGGCUCUUGGAUGAUGCAUCCGCUGAGACGUAUGAGGCUUUUGCAAAGGAUGUCGAGGAUCAGCAAAGCCGCGUCAGGCGAUUUCGAAAGGUUGGAUUCUGGACUUUGUCGCUGGCCAUCCAUGCUCUUUUCAUGGGCAUGGCCGGAAAUGUGGUCUAA